AUGGCGACGCGCCUGGAGCAGGUGCUGGGCACACAGGUCUCCAAGCCCAACAUCUUCGACUUCGGCAAGGCGGUGAAUCGCUGCAAGAAGCAGAGGAAAUGGGCGCUGGCGCUUCAGCUACUAGACGAUGCUGAGGAGCAGCUGCUGGCGCUGGACGUGAUCACCUUGACCACUGCCCUGGGCGCCUGCAUCGGUGGCGGCUGGCAGCAGCCGCUGGCGCUGCUGCGAGACGCACCGCAGCGGGCAGUGGAUCCCAACAUGGUGACCUACAAUAUUGCUAUCAGCGCUUGCGAGCGAUUCGGGGAGUGGCAGCAGGCGCUGCUCCUGCUUGGGGACGCCGAGGCCGCGGCGCUGGCCCCUACGGUGGUCUCCUACGGCGCCGCGGUGGGUGCCUGCGCCUCCGCGGCCGCCUGGCGCGAGGCGCUGGGCCAGCUGGGCAUGGCUCGGGAGCGGCGCCUGCCCAGCGUCAUAGCGUACACGUCAGCCGUGGCAGCAUGCGAGCGAGCCGGGGAGUGGCAGCAGGCGCUGGGGCUGCUGAAAGACCUGGGGGAGGGGGAUGGCCUUCGGCCUGACGCCUUUCUCCUGAACGCUGUGGUCAGCGUUUGUGAGAAGACGUCCCAGUGGCCUGAGGUCCUGGGCCUCUUCACACGCUUCUCGGAGGAGGGCCUGCAGCCAGACCUGAUGACCUUCAACGCGGCCAUCGUGGCCUCCGGCCACGGCGGAGACUGGCGCAGCGCGCUGGAGCUGCUGGCGGCGGCGGAGGGGAGGGGCCUGCGGCCGGACGCCAUCGCGCGCUUCGCGGCGGUGCGCGCCUGCGGGGAGAACUGGCAGCAGGCGCUGGCGCUUGUGGGGGACUUCCAGCAGCGGGGCCUGGUGCCGGACGUGGCCACCUACAACGCCGUGCUCAUAGCCUGCGAGAGAUGUGCGGAGUGGCAACAAGGCCUUGCGCUGCUGGGGUCGAUGCAGGAGAAGAAGAUGGGGGACGCCAACACCUUCGCGGCGGCCAUGCGGGCCUGCCGAGAUGCGGGGGAGUGGCCCUCAGCGCUGGAGCUGCUGGAGCGCUUUGAGGCCCACACCCAGCCGGAGAGCCUUACGCGCACAGCAGCCAUAGGCGCCUGUGCGGGCGCGGCGCUGUGGGAGCCCGCCCUGGGCCUGCUGCGGGGCCUGCCCGCCCCACGCCCGGAGGCAUGCGCUGCCGCCGCCAGCGCCUGCGGGGCGGCAGGGGAGUGGCAGCAGGCGCUGGGCUUGGCGCUGCGGAGCCGCUCGCUGCUGUGCUGCAAUACCGCGCUGAGCGCCUGCGAGAAGUCGGGGGCGGGGGUGCCGGCGCUGCUGCUGCUGGCGGAGAUGCUGAGGUUGGAGCUGGAGCCCAGCGCCGUGAGUUACAACGCGGCCAUCAGCGCCUGCGGCAGUGCCCAGCUGCUGCCGGAGGCAUUGGCACUGCUGGAGGAGUUCCGACUCCAGGACCUCCAGAAAGACGUGAUCACCUACAACAGCGCCAUCAGCGCCUGCGAAAAGGCCUCGGCCUGGCCGGAGGCUUUGGGCCUGCUGGCGGAGGUGGAGGAGCAGCAGAUGGCGGACGCCAUCAGCUACAACGCGGCCAUCAGCAGCUGCCAGGGGGCCACGAACUACCAGGCGGCGCUGGGCCUCUUUCGGGGCCUGGACAGCAAGGCGGUGCAGCCAGACCUGGUCACCUUCGACGCGGUCAUCACGGCCUGUCAGACGGUGUCGGAUUGGGAGCAAGCCCUGGUUUUGCUCAAGGAGGUGCCGAGGAGGGGCCUAAAGCCUAACAUCAUCACCUACUCCGCGGCCAUCAGCGCCUGUGGCAAUGCUGCGGAGUGGACCAGCGCCAUACAGCUGUUGGCAGAGGCAGAAGAGGAGCAGCUGCAGCCGAACCUGAUCACCAUGAACGCAGCGAUCAGUGCCUGCGAAGGAGGUGGGGAGUGGCAGCGCAGCUUGCAGAUCUUCGAGGAGCUGGCCGGCAGAGGUCUGGUGCCCAGCGUGGUGAGCUUCACCGCAGCGAUGAGUGCCUGCAGCAGCGGCGGCAGCUGGGCCAAAGCCUUGAAGCUUCUGAGGCAGCUGGAGGCCGCGCAGCAGCCCAACGAGAUGAGCUUUGUGGCAGUCGCGGCGGGCAUGGCCUCCUCGGGGGAGUGGCAGCAGGCCCUUGCCCUCUGGGAGGAGUACCAAAGGCGUGGCUUCCCACAGAACACCAUCUUCUGCAACACCGUGGUGUCCGCCUGCGGCGAGGGCGAGCAGUGGCAGCUGUCCCUGGACCUGCUGCUCCAGCAGCAGCAGCAGCAGGUGGAGCUCGACAGCUGCUCCUACCAGCUGGCGUUGCGACAUUUCUUGUCGCGGCACUGA